GAGCUAGCUCGGAUGCAGCGAGCCGCAACGCCGCCCGCCCUUGCUUCUUUUCCCUCCAAAUAAGCAAGAGGGAGCAGCAGCACCAUGCCUGGCUCCGCUGCUGCCCUCCGCCACGAGAGGCUGAAGAAGACGAGCGGCAGGCCGGCCCCGCCGGGCUUGUUCACCAUUUCCGAGGAAGAGGAGCUGCAGAGGAACGGGAAUCCCAAAAGGCCGAGGGCCUCUGAAGGGUGUAAAACACAAGACAAGAAAGUCCCGUCAGGACAAAGCACUAACAGCGCUGGAGCGAAACCAGAUCCUCCACCAAUACUAAAGGUUGAUGACAGGCAACGGCUUGCUAGGGAGCGGAGAGAAAAACGGGAAAAACAACUAGCUGCAAGAGAAUCCAUCUGGUUAGAAAGAGAAGAGAGAGCCCGGCAACAUUAUGAAAAGCACUUAGAAGAACGCAGAAAGAAACUCGAAGAGCAGAGACUAAAAGAAGAGAGGAGGCGAGCUGCUGUAGAGGAAAAGAGAAGGCAGAGGUUAGAAGAAGAUAAGGAACGCCAUGAAGCUGUUGUACGUCGCACAAUCGAAAGAAGCCAGAAGCCAAAACAAAAGCAAAGCAGGUGGUCCUGGGGAGGAGCACUACACAGCAGCAUUAAUAACACAGGUUAUUUUUUUGAGUCACCAUUCACCUUUCUCGAUUUAGCAGGCCUGGAGCACCACUUCAGACCUCUGAGUGGUGCUAGAAAACCUGAUCCAGACAGGCGCUCUGUCUCAACAAUGAACCUUUCGAAACAUGUUGAUCCAGUCAUUAACAAGCGGCUCUCCUCCUCAUCUGCAACAUUACUAAAUUCUCCAGACAGAGCUCGCCGGCUGCAGCUCAGCCCCUGGGAGAGCAGCGUCGUCAGCCGCCUCCUGACGCCCACUCACUCCUUCCUGGCCCGCAGCAAGAGCACCGCCGCCUUGUCCGGAGACGCAGUUAUCCCCAUUUGUCCCCGUUCAGCGUCUUGCAGCCCCCUCAGCCCUCUGUCCUACAAGGCCCCGAGCUGCCGGACCGCGGCGGAGCGCGCAAAGCUUUUCGCCUCCACGCCGGACGCCGUGGGACGCAGGAGGACGGCGCAUCCCGCCGGGACUGACAAAAAAGAGAAGGAGAGAGAYCAUUUAUCAUCCAGCUUCUCAGCCACCUUUAAAGGAGGUCAUUUUUCUUCCAACCCCAAAGCCAGAUCACCAGCUCCCUCUCCAGUUUGGCACGCGUCCAAGUCUUUGCCUUUCCUGCCUGGCACACCCAAGCAGGUGACUUCCCCACCGGCUCCCUCCAAAGCUUCCUCGGCCCAGGCGCGUCCUCCCUCUCCUGGCAACAUCCGGCCGGUCAAAAAAGAGGUCAAACCAGAGAGUGCGAAUAAAGGACCAGAGAAGGAGCCUGAAAAGGCCGGUGAGGAGAAGGCAGAAGAGAGCAAAGAAACUUCUGCAGGCGCUGGGGAAUCUGCAAGUCAGGAAGAGCCCGUUGUGCAGGCAGAGCUCCCUCAAGCAGCCACCCCAUCAUCACCUCCUGCUCCAGCAGCCCUUUCUCCACCCGCAGUUCCCACGAAGACCUCUGCAGGUACCACUGAUCCUGAGGAAGCAACAAGGCUGCUCACCGAGAAGAGGCGCCUGGCCAGGGAGCAACGGGAGCGGGAGGAGCAAGAAAGGAGGGAGAGAGAAGAGCUUGAAAGGCUAAAGAAGGAAGAGCUGUCCCAAAGGAUAGCUGAAGAGCGAKCCCGCCGAGAGGAGGAAGAAGCUCGCAGACAGGAGGCAGAAAGAAGGCGAAGGGAGGCAGAGGAGGAGCGGGAAAAGGCCGAGCGGCUGCGCCGGCAGGCCGAGGAGAGAGAGCAGCGGGAGAGAGAGGAGCUGGAGCGCGUGCAGAAACAGAAGGAGGAGGAUGCUCGCCUGCGGGAAGAGGCAGAGCGGAUUCGGUUAGAACGUGAAAAACAUUUUCAGAGGGAAGAGCAAGAGCGCUUAGAAAGGAGAAAGAGGCUUGAGGAGAUCAUGAAGAGAACUAGGCGUGUAGAAGCUGUAGAUAAGAAAUCUAAUGACCAGCAAAAUGGACAUAUAUCAAAGGCAAAUAUUACAGGAGAAACAGUCGUAGCAAGUCCUGCAUCGCCCCUGGAAGCCCCGGGAGGACUUCAGCCUGCAGCGCCGUCUCCGCACAACGGGAAACCCGGGGCCUGCACGCAGGGAAUUGUGUCCCAUCCCAGCCCCGUCAGCAUGGACAGCAACCUCAAUCCAGAGAAAAAUACAAAUGAGAACGGAAUGUCUAUGCAGAAUGACAACUUUGAAGAGAUCAUAAACCUACCAGUUGGAUCUAAACCAUCCCGCCUGGAUGCCAUGAACAAUGAUGGAAGCAAUAGUCCUGAAAUUSCUUUGAAUCCAAUUUUAGCCUUUGAAGAUAAGGGGACUCUGUUGCCUCAGGUAGAUAGUGUUCAAACACAUCAAACAGCAGAAGUGGUCUGAUUGUUUCUUCUGAAGAACCAAAGGUGAUAAGAGCAUCUCUGCAGUCRGUGGAGAUUCUUCCAUGCUAUGAAGGAGUGUUUUAUUUUCGCUCUCCAGUUUUUUAAAGAUUUCUUGGAUAUCUUUUUUGGAAAGGACUUUAGUAAAACCAGCAGAAGAAAUGAUGGGAAUAGACUUGGGUCACCUUUAUAAUAGUUUUCAUCACUAGAAAAAAAAUCAUGCUUCACAUGCAUUACUUAAAAUGGCUUUUUCCAACAAGCUUUUUCUGUUAGUAAAUGGAUAUUUUCUGCAUUCCUUAAGACACAAGACACUGGAAUCUGAAAGCAAUGGUGAUUGGGGUGGUGGGACUGAUUAUUUUUUUUAAAGAGGUGUUGGUUUAAAAGGCAUAAUUGUAAAAUUGGCGAAGAAUCUUUUUCACUUUAUGGCUCUAAUACUUGAAAAAGAAAUACCUCAUUGCUCUACAAGUAGAGUUAAUGGGGUGUUUUAUUUAAACCUGUUGGUUUAAAUAUUAUUGCAGAGAGCUCUAAUUAUGGGGGCGAAAUAUAGGCUUCUGUAUCAGGUUCUGUUAUAAAUGUAAUUCCUACAGGGACAUUCUGUAAAUUGAGACGUCACUAUGAUCUUGCAUUUUCUCUAAAAACACAAAACGAGGCAGGUUUUAAAAUGUGAAAAUUUGAAAGCGUUAUUUUUUCAUGGACAGGAGGAAAACCUAUUGUUCUCCUAGAUGAUGUAUUUAUGAAUUUUGCUCAGUACAAAAAUCAUUUAAUUGAAUAAAUUAGAAAAAUGUGGUAAAAUCAUACUGCAAACUUGAUUUUUUUUGGUUAMGUUGAUGUUCACGAUGCUAUAAAAGACAUGUACACCUGUGCAUCUAUGUGCACGUAGACCCAGGGAAACAUCCUGUUGUUGUGAGUCCUGUAAAUUGCUGCUGUUCCCAAUGAGAGGGGGCUUCUCCUUUGCCUUACCAGACUGUGAAGACCGUGUGAAACCUGAAACAUUUGGUUUUUGGAUGAGAGAGCAGGUUUGUUUGGGAUGUAGGCUGGUUUUGCUCGUUUCAGAGCACGUGGAAAAUGGUGGAUGCUUGUGCUCUCUGUGCAGUGUGUGGUUCCUGUGAUGCAGUGCAGUUUGAGUGCUGAGAGGAGCAAUGCCCCUUGUUUUUUCGUGCAUUUGAAGAUGCUGAUUUCUACUAUCAUUAUUCCAUCCAUGUCACUUUUGUUGCUUUUGAGCCUAACUGUAAAAUCUUGCAUCUUUUUGUGCUUUGAUAAAGAGUGCUGUAACAGGUAGAUCUCACCAGAUAUUUAUUUUUGAAAUAAAACCAACCAGGGCGCGAUGCAUUGCUAGAUCCUCGGUGAGUGGGAACCAGGGCUGACGUGGUUCCUGCCAGCUGAGGAAGCACCCGUUCAAUUCCUGUGCUUUCCUGUGAGCUCGGAGUGAGGCCCGGGACAGAAAGUCCACGUCUGUGAGAGGAGAGGAAUCCUUCAAAGAGCUGAAGAAGAACUGUAGACGAGAUGACU